AUGAUUAUUUUGAUUAAUGCUAAUCAAGAAAAUAAACCAACUGUUUUACAUAUUGGAGCUUUAUUUAAUUAUGAUAAUUCAUUAAUAAAUCAUGGUCAACGAGAUUUACAAGCUGCACAAAUGGCUACUGAUGAUAUCAAUCAUCGUUAUCAAGAAAUAUUUAAUGGUCGUUAUAUUUUAACAUUACUAUCAAACAAUACUAGAUGUGAUCCAGUUUAUGCUGUUGAUGCUUUUUUUCAUGCAAUAUUUCGUCGUCCGCAAUUAUUAUUUCUUGUUGGUACAUCAUGUUCAAAUGAAACAAAAGCUGUCAUACAAGUAGCUGAUUAUUAUAAUCUUAUUCUUUUUUCUCAUUCAACUUCAUUUAUUUCACAAGCAAAUCAAACAUAUUCAACACUUGUUCGUCUAUCUGUAUCAGAUGAAAAUUAUAAUAAUGCACGUGUCGCAUUUAUUAAAUAUAAUAAUUGGUCUCAUGUUGCUAUUAUACAUCAAGAUUCAAUUGAACAUUCUCUAAUGAUGGCUAGAUUAGCUAAACGUUUAAAUGAAUCAGAUAUUAAUGUUAUGCUAACGCAAAGUGCUUCAAUGGCUAAUCUUACAUCAGCACUUGAAACUCUUCGAGAAAAAAAAGCUCGAAUUAUUUUUGUUAGUUUUGAUUUAUCAUCACGUGCUUUAUUCUUUUGUGAAGUAUAUCGAACUUUUCCUAAAGAAUUACGUGAACGUUAUGUAUGGAUAUUAACUGGAAAUGAUUAUCAUUUAUGGAAUUUAUCAAUAAAUAAUUGUUCAGAAAAAGAAGUUAUUGAUUCAGCUCGUGGUCAUAUUAUUAUUGAUAGUUCAUACGAAAUGAAAUCGAAUAUGAUUAAUCCAAAUAUGACACCACAACAACGACUUAUUUUAAAUGAUCAUCUUGAUAGGCAAACAUUACAUGCUUAUGAUUCUAUUUGGGUUAUUGCUUUACUUAUUCGAGCAUCAAUCGAACGAAAUAUAUCAAUUGAAAAAUUUAAUUAUAGUACAACAGAUAUGAGAGAUCAAUGGUUAACUUUAUUGGAACAAGUACAUUUUCUUGGAGUUUCUGGUCCUGUUUCUUUUCGAAAUCGUCAACGACAUGCUGAAACUAUCAUAAGUCAAUUUCAAACAGAUUUAAACGAACAAUCUAUUCAAACUAUAGCUGAAUAUUCACAUAUAUCAGGAUUAAAUCCUAAUUGUUCAACAUGUCGAACAUUAACUUGGCCAGGUUUAGUUCCAGUUGAUACUGAACGUCGUGAAAUUCGACGAUUAACCAUGAAUAUAUUCGAAAUUGCUUUUAUAACAACUAGUUGUAUAUUAGGUCUUGCACUUGCAAUUUUCUUUCUAACAUUUAAUAUUAUUUAUCGACGUCAACGUUAUAUUAAAUUAUCCAGUCCAAAAUUAAAUAAUGUAAUGGUUCUUGGUGCCAUGCAUAUACAUAUUUCCAUCCUUCUUUUUCCUCUUGAUGAAUGGUUUCUUUAUCAUCGUUUAUUAGGCUAUGCAUGCAUGUUACGAAUUUUUCUAAUUUCUGGUGGAUUUUCAUUAUUAUUUGGUUCAAUGUUUCUAAAAACAUUACGUGUUUAUCGUAUAUUUACAUCACGUAAUCGACCCUUACUUCAAUCAAAACUUCUUCAUGAUCAUCAUCUUUUACUUAUAUGUUUCUAUUUAUAUAGUAUUGAUUUAAUAUUUACUAUAUUAUGGCAAAUAUUUGAUCCUCAUUCAGCCCAAUUUACAUAUAAACCGAUUAAAGGUAUUAAUAUGGAUGUAAUCAUUUUAAAUGAAAUUUAUUCUUGUCAUUCAAUAUAUCGACAUAAAAUUUUAUCAUUUAUUUAUUUCUAUAAAUCUUUAUUUCUUGUUAUUGGUGGUUAUUUAGCUGCUAAAACACGUCAUGUUCAUAUACCUGCAUUAAAUGAUUCAAAAUUUAUUGUUUGGAGUAUAUAUAUAGUUGUUUUAACUAGUUUAUUUACUGUUAUUGUAAUGAUGUCAAUGAAAAAUUUACGAACAUAUGUUACAAUUUGUUUAGUUGUUGUUAUUAUUACAAGUUCAAUAUUAUGUUUAAUUUUUUUACCCAAAGUAAUUAGAUUAAGAAAUCCAGAGAGCUCAUUACGGGAUGUUGUUUCAAGAGAAUUAGUUAUUGAUGUUUCACGUACAAGACGUUUAGUUGAAGAAAUAAGUUAUUUUGAAAAAUAUCGUUAUGCACAAUUACAAAAUCGAGAACUUAAAGCGGAACUUCUACGACUUAACAAUAUUCUGGUUGGUCUUGAACAAAAACUUGAACCAUUUUCUUCAGCAGUUACUAUGUCUCUUCUUCCGAUAGCUGUUCGUUGGGCACAAGCAUUUUCAUUUAAAUCUGAUUUUCCACCAUUAGCUAUUCCAUCGAAUAAUAAAAUACAUAUGGAACCAAUACUAUCUUCAUCAGAACAAGAUAAUUUACUCGAUAGUGAUUCUAUUCGAUCAAGUGAUACAUUAUUCGAUUUUAAUCAAACAUUAGCAUCAUCAUUAUCUUCUUCGUCUUCAGAACUUAAUCUCUCAUUAAUAUCACAAACAAUUGAUGAUGAGGAUUCAUUACUACUUAGUGCUUUAGGUAAUCGAGAAUCUGUCACAACAGAUGAUGAUAAUAAUACAAGUCUAUCAAGAACACCAACACCAACUCAAACAACAAGUGAUAAUGAAUCGGUGCUGUAUUUACGUUUACAGAAUGAAUUAAAUAUCUAUCCUGCAACAUUGGAUAGUGAUCUAGAAAGGAUAGAUUAUUAA